UUGGUAGUUUUAAUUUUGACACAAAAAAAAACACAAUGACAAUUCAUUGAACCAACUCUCUCUCUCUCUCCUAAUUCUUUUCGUGAAAGAUCAAAAUUUUCCCCUUAACGAUUAAAGUUUAUGGCUACUGCUAACUUCAUUCAACAGCCGAAGCCCACUCUGGAAAUUCGAUCAACCUCGUAUUCAUCGCCAUCGUCUGCGUCUCUAAUGAAGAAAAAAUGGUCGAAUUUUCUCCCCAUUUUGGUGGGUCUUGUGGUGAUAGGGGAGAUUACGUUUCUGGGCCGUCUCGAUGUGGUGAAGAAUGUCGACUCGUGGGCUGACUCUUUUUACCAAUCCAACCCAGCCCCGGAGGUUGUCGACAGCUGUGAAGCAUGGUUGGAGAAGGACGACUCCGUGCCUUAUUCUAGGGAUUUCGAUAAAGACCCAAUUUUGGUGAAUGGGGCUGAAGAGGGAAUUAUGACCUGUGGCGUUGGAUGUAAGUUUGGGGAUGAAUCGAGUAAGAAACCUGAUGCUGGAUUUGGAACUCCUCAGUCAUCUGGCACUGCUGCCGUGCUUAGGUCAAUGGAAGCCGCCACAUAUUAUCCUGAGAACAAUAUUGGCGAGGCACGACGUCGGGGAUAUGACAUUGUAAUGACAACCAGUCUUUCAUCGGAUGUGCCAGUGGGAUACUUUUCGUGGGCUGAAUACGAUAUAAUGGCUCCAGUUCAACCAAAAAUUGCAAGUGCCGUUGCUGCUGCUUUCAUUUCUAACUGUGGUGCUAUGAAUUUCCGGCUGCAAGCAUUGAUCGGACUUGAGAAAGAAAACGUCAGCAUUGAUUCUUAUGGAGCUUGCCGUCGAAAUCGUGAUGGAAAAGUUGAUAAAGUGGAAGCGUUGAAGCAUUAUAAGUUUAGCUUGGCUUUUGAGAACUCGAACGAGGAGGAUUAUGUUACUGAAAAGUUCUUCCAAUCUCUUGUUGCAGGCACUAUCCCUGUGGUGAUUGGCGCUCCUAAUAUCCAACAUUUCUCCCCUGGUCCUGGUUCAUUGCUGCAUAUCAAGGAGCUCACAGACGUUGAUUCCGUUGCCAAGAGAAUGAAAUACCUUGCUGGCAAUGAGAUUGCAUUUAAUGAAUCAUUGAGGUGGAAAUAUGAGGGACCAUCCGAUUCCUUCAAGGCCCUUGUUGAUAUGGCUGCAGUACACUCAUCAUGCCGUCUAUGCAUUUUCCUGGCAACCAAAAUCCAAGAAAAAGAAGAAAACCGUCCAGAAUUUCAAAACCGUCCCUGCAAGUGUACUCGUGGCUCAAGAACUACAUACCACAUAUACGUCAGGGAAAGAGGGAGGUUUCAUAUGGAAUCCAUUUUCCUAAGGUCAGACAAAUUGACUAUCGAAGCCCUAUCCUCUGCUGUUGUGCAAAAGUUUAGAUCGCUUAAACACGUUCCUAUCUGGAAAAGUGAGAGGCCGGAGAGCAUAAGAGGUGGGAAUGAGCUUAAACUCUACAAGAUUUACCCGGUCGGGCUGACAGCGAGGCAAGGAUUGUACACCUUCAAACUCAACCACAGUUCGGAUCUGAGGAAGCACAUAGAGAGCCAUCCGUGCGCCAAGUUUGAGGUGAUAUUCGUAUAGGUUAAUGUGACACGGAGCAUCCAGAAACGCAAUCUUAGGUAGGGCAAACUCUCUUCUCCUCUCUCCCUGCCCUUGAGCUUUUGUAGGAUGGGUGACUCUAGGGUUUAUUGCUCCACUUUUUGUUCCCGGCAGGCGUCGUGUUCGUUUUGAGUUUAGAGGGGGGGAAAGAUGGGGAUUGUACAUGAUGUUUGAAGCUUGAAAUUAGGUCUUGAUAAAUGGUGUAUAUACUAUUUUUUUGUCUUCACUAUAGAAAAAUGAUUGAAUUUGGGGAAACUAAGAUGGUCUUUUGACAUGUUUUGAAAA